GGUUGUGGCAGGAAGCCGGAAGCAGCCGCAGCCCCAGCUCGGGAGACAUGGCGGGCAUUAAAGCUCUUGUGUUAUUAUCCUUCAGUGGGGCUAUUGGACUGACUUUUCUUAUGCUGGGAUGUGCCUUAGAAGAUUAUGGUGUGUACUGGCCCCUGUUCGUCCUGAUAUUUCACGCCAUCUCUCCCAUUCCCUAUUUCAUUGCCAAAAGAGCAACAUAUGACUCUGAUGCAACAAGCAGUGCCUGUCGGGAACUGGCCUAUUUUUUCACUACUGGAAUUGUUGUUUCUGCCUUUGGAUUUCCUGUUAUUCUUGCUCGUGUGGCUGUGAUCAAGUGGGGAGCCUGUGGCCUUGUGCUGGCAGGCAAUGCAGUCAUUUUCCUUACGAUUCAAGGUUUUUUCCUUGUAUUUGGAAGAGGAGAUGAUUUUAGCUGGGAGCAGUGGUAGCAUUACACUCUGAUAAAAUGCAUUUAAUUUCUUAAAACUCAUACUAUAUGUAUAUAUGUGCACAUGUGGCCUUUUACUAUGAAAUGUAAUGUGCUGGGUUUUUUAUACUUUAUAUCAUGUUCACUUUAUGGAGGACUACAAGUUUUAUUACCAGCAAAUAGACCACUCCGUUUACUCAAGUUGAAUUAUGUUAUUUGGCCGUUCAUAUAGUCAUGGUGCUCUCAGAAAAUAUGUUAACACAGUCUUGUAGACAGUUGUUUAUGUUUGCAAAGCAUUUAUACCUUUUACCUGGGGAUGUGCUUAGAUAGGAGCAAGUCUCAGUUCUGCUCGCUUGUGGCCCAGAGAGACAGAGGUAGCUCCCUCUUUGUGUGGUAGACCCUUGCCUCACAAAGUGUUGUCCAUAGACCAGAGCACUGGCAUCUCCUAGUGAAAUGCAGAACCUGAGGCCCUACCCCAGACCCAAGUGAAUUGGAUGAGAAAGGCUGUCAUAGAGGACUAAGCAUCACAUAGAGCUUCCUUUUCUUCCCCUUUGUUGAACCUCUUAACCUCUCUGGGUGUUAGCUGCUCAUUUGUAAUUGUUGUCAAUCUGCCCUCACGUUGAGGCCUAGUUCAGGCUCUCUUUCGUAUUUGUGAAAUGUCCAAACCUGUAAUGUAUAGGCCAUUCCUCAUUUUUAUGAAAUGUUCUCAGUAGGAAACAGCUGGCUAUGUGCCUUUGCACUGUCCAAAAGGCAGUGGCCAUUUUCAUAGUCCUGGGAGACAGAAUAACCCCAGGGCUCUACUGGGAUGCAGGGAGGGAGGCCGGGCUGGAACCAGUCCCUGCUUUAGCAGGGUGAGUUAGGCUAGAUAGGUCAUUCUGUUUAAUUUCCCUCCAUAAUCUGACACUUGUGCCCUGCUUCUUCCCUGUGCUCCUCCUCCCCCUCCCUCAAACACCCAUUCCCAGCAGUUCUGAUUUGCCCUUACUUCUUCAUGACUCUGGUGCCUCCUUUCUGUAGAGACAUGGAACCAAGUAAGCAAGCAGAGGGUGAGCUGCUUAAUUUUACUUACAUGUUAAUGUACUCGUUGUCUUGUAUGUCCUGUGGGACUUUUUAUAUAUAAAACACUUUUGGCCACUUUCAAAUGAAUCAUUAGGAAAACAUGUCAAGCUGGAUCCUAUAAUCACACUUUUUCUCGCUCAAUUUUAUGUCCAAGACCUAUUGAGAAGGGGAAAUACAGGAAUUAGAACCACUUGAUCAGAAUAGUAUAUUGUUGAUGUGUGAUAACUGAUGUACAUUCAAAACACUGAGCCCUGUAAGUUUGUAAUCUGAGUUAUUGGCAUACACCGUCAUAUUCUGGAAUCAUACUGGAAGCAGGAGAAGAUAAAAGUGAUACUUAAAAGGACAGUAUGCAAAGUUAUAUUUUGGCCUUGUGCAUGAUUUUAUGUUUUCAGUGUUCUAUGUACAUACAGAAUUUUUGAAAUUAUUUCCAAUAUUUAUAUUAGAAAAAUUAUAUAGAUACUUUAUAAUUUCAACCAGCAUUUUUAAUAACACUUGCAUUUAUUAUAAUAAAUUUUACUUUAAACACAAAAUAAAAGUUUAAUUUUUUAGACACUUUAUAAUUUCAACCACCAUUUUUAAUAACAUUUGCAUUUAUUGUAUUAUAAUAAAUUUUACUUUAAACACAGAAGAAA